GAUGAGUAGGAAGAAGAAAAAGAAAUUAGCUCUGGUUAAUAUGCAGAGUGAACACAAGUCUCUACCGAUUGCGAGUAAGCCAACUGCACAUCAGGAUAGGCCACCACGAUUUCUAAGGAAGCCAAAAGCAGAGGCACCCAAUCCUCCUCAGAGUGGAUGCUUUGCUAAAUUGCUUGAAAAGCUGAAAGUCAAGUUUCCAUCAGCUACGGCUGAGGAACUAAGCCCAUACAUUAAAAAAGUGCGACAGUCACAUGGCGGCUCUAUGUGCGGUUUACACAUGGCUACAAUCAUACAGGAAGUGACCCAUCUAAUGAGCAGUGCUGAGGUACGCAGAAGAAGCAGGAUGCCUGGCAGUGGUAUCACAAACCAGAUUAAACCGAACAAUGUGGAAUACAGAGAGGAAGAAUGUCCUAUAUGUAUUGGUAGUUUACGCGAACAGAAGACCAGGACUUUAGACUGUGGACACGUAUUUCAUGACCAG